AUAUUUUUGCUAUUUUAAGAAGGUUAUGAAAACAUUCACAGUGUACACACAGCAUAUACACGAACAUAUAUUUUUAAUGUUUUUACCCUAUAAAUUUACGUAGAUAGGAAUUAAUGUAUGAUUUAAUAAUGACUUCAUUUUAUUUUUAACUGAUGGUAAGAGUUUAGUGUAUAUACGCGUAAUAUCAAUAUCCAUGUGGGUUACAUGUGCUACGUUAAAGCAUAGGGACUUGUCAUAUGUAAAUUCCACCCGCCUAGUUAUGACUAUCUAAAAAUAAAAUAAUAUUACUUGCAUAUGUUCAGUACUUUAUUGUGAAUAAUUGAUGCGUUAUUUUUAUUAUAAUAUAUGAGAUAAUUUGGUACCUAAAUACAAACAGAAUAAGCCCUGGAGUACGGCACCUUCGUCAUAACACAAGCGGUGUAGGGGCUCGACAAUUUUCCCGCGGUAAGGAUUCCUAUCCUAAGAGGCGACUAAAAUCCUAAAGUUCCCACGACUGUCUGGUUGUUAUACCGUAACAACCCCAUUUUUAUCCUGUUAUGGAAUGUCAUCAUUCCCCAGAAACUAAUUUUUAUUUUUGAUAACCAAUAACAACAUGACCUUCGUCUCAAUUCCAAAUUUUAAAUGCAUGCCUUUAUAUUACAUUAAGAAUAAUAAUAAAAUAUAUGUCGAUAGCUCAAAUCUGAAUGUGAAUCAUUUUAAUGAACGGGAUCAGCAGAAAGCAAUGUAGUAGUAGGCAAUCAAGAACGAACAACAAAGAUGUUUUAUCAAAAGACGAACAUGGGCAGUUCUCAUAAAACUUCUUAAAUUAAACUAAACUGUUUCAGCGAAGAUAAGUGAAGGAAGUAGCCCAUACGAACGAAAAAAAAAAUCCAGCCAAUUGAACCUUAAAUAAUAUUAUUAAGAACCAGUUUCUGCAUGCUAAUCUAAACAAUAACUUCCCGAAGAGAAAAAAACUUUCUGUUAAUUUAAGCAAAAAGUCUUUUAUGUACCGAAAUCCUGUUCCCGGAGCCACCUAUGUACCAAAUUUGAAGUAAAUCGAACUAAAAGUAAAAUUUUUUCGAAUAGGUCAGUUUUCGGUCCACUGUUAUUCUACAAAAAAAAAAAAAAAAAAAAAAAAAAAAAAAUUUUUUUUUUAAUGGAGGCCCCAGUCCACUUUUCGGAGUGAACUGUAGUCUUCCUGUUAAUUUACACAAAAAAAACUCUUACGUACCGAAUUUCAUAUAAUUUGAACUAAAAAAAAUGUGUGAAAAAUAGGUGUUAGUCGAUUCUUAGAUCUACUGAAUAUGCACCUAAAAUUUCAUUAAAAUCGGCCAAAUAGGAGUAUCGUGUCUAACACUGUGACACGAGAAUUUUAUAUAUUAGAUAUAUUAAUUUAUAUAUAGUGAAAAACUAACUCCACAGUGUUUACCGUACCUAUUCUUUAAUAGUUAUUUGCGAUUAUCGACCGAGAGACCUGAAGUUUCUUCUAAUCCGUCCCCAAAUGGUUGACGAAUUUUUACGAGGAGUUUUCAGUUCAUGUUAAAAAUAAAAUGGAUCCGAAUGGAUGCACACACUGCUACCCACUCGGCUAAUUAUGUAGUAGAUGUACUUAAGUGGAGCUUAAUUGUGACAAUCCCUGGCCGAAUAAAAAUCACGGUCGUUCCGGUAUAAAGACCCGACUGUCGCGGUAAAUAUUGGAUUUUAGUCGCCUCAUACCCGCUUUUAAUUAAGAUUGUUAAUUUUUUUCACAAAAAAAUCAUUUGAUUAAUUGAAAGAAAAGAGUAAUGAGCGCUGAUACAAACUGUACAUACGCUGGAAUUAAAAUGAAAUUGGGAAGAUGAAAAUUAUCAAUACUGGUUAAAAAAAAUAGGGAAGCGUUAAAUUGAAUACCACUCUGACUGGAGAGGAUUUUAUAUAUUUCCUCAAAUAUUAUAUUACGAAUUUAAUAAAUUUUACACUCCACAAUUGUUCUUUAAAACAAAGCAAGGAAAAAAUGACGUUCAAAUAAGAUAUAUUAUUUCUUUCAUUACUUAAACGUUUAAAAAUUUUCAAUAAUUCUGUACACAUUUUAAAAAGUUUAAUUAAUGUUUAAAAGUACACUGGGUAUAAUACCACAAGUGUCGGGCAAAAAUACUGGUUUCAUUUGAUUUCUCGAUAUAAUCUAGUUUUUAUUUGAUCGUGACCAUUCAACGUUGAGUUAUAUAAUCAAAUUUGUACUAUGACAAAUCCAGCACCGACAGGUUAUCGCGCAAUACAAGGUUUCGUUUGCUACUUAUGUUCACUGGUAUUGUUUGCAUUUUAUAUGUUUUGGGCACUGGCACCAUUGGAAUGGUUGGGCUUAGAUUAUUUUCCGGACAAAUAUUUAGCACUAUCUUUAUCCAACGUCUCAUCCGUCGUUUUGGUUAUGAUAUUGUAUGUUUUCUAUCCUGCGAUUAACUUGGCGUUGACACCGGAUGUAGAUGCGAUCGCAACAGUUGUGGAUGUUAAGUUAUUACAAGGAGGAGAUAAGACCAAACUGGCACAUGAUGAUUGGGCAGCAAUACAACGUUUGGAGAUUGAUCAACGCAACAGAUCGAGGAUCACAGUAAUGAGCAAUAAUGUUGAGGAACGUUGUAACUUUUGUACUGAUGUACAUCAUCAUAAUUUAAAUGUCGAUAAUAACAUAACCACACUAUAUCACCUCGACUUGGCGGAAAUAAAUCGUUUGUUUUAUGACUAAAUGAGUUACAGGCGGCAAAAAAAUCAUUUCAAUUUGUAAAUUUACAUACAUAUCUAAUUAGGUUUGUAGCUUUGUAUAGAAAAAAUA